GUCUUGUGACAUCAGAGCACCUCCCUAUAAUAGCGCUUUAGCCUUCGCUGAAAGUUCAUUUUCUGCUACCGAGCUCCUCUGGCUUCUCCGUUUGGUGACGUAUUGCGGGCGCGUGCAGGAUGCCGGAUUUUAAUUGGUCGGUUUUGGAAAAUUUUCCAUUGCUCCUUUAUAUUCUGGCUGCCAAGUCUGUGCUACUGUGCAUGCUAUUUGCCGGUGUCAAAAUAUACCAGAGUAACAAAAUUGAAGCACAACUAAAACUUGAGCGUGAAGCAAGACGCAAAAAAGAAGCAGAGAAAGAAGAAACUGAGAAAAAAGAAGACUAAGGGGAUUUCAUCUCGCCUGCUUCAUGAAUACAUUCACUGGAGAUUUGCUGUGUCUGUGGAAAUGCUGUACUGUUUCAGAGAAUGUGAACUGUUAAUUUAUCACUUUAUACAUUUUUAAUAUUUUUUCUUUUUUUUUUCUUUUUCUAGAAUAUUAAAUUAUAUUUUCUAAAAA